CCCUGCCGCGCGCGGGGGCGCUGCGCGGCGUCGCCGCGCGCCCUCGUCGACACCGUGGCGGGGCUGGACCGCGAGGUCGAGGCGGUCUUCCGCGGCUGCCUCGCGGCCGGAGGGGCCAGCGAGACGCUCGGGUAUUGGCUCGUCACCCGCGGCCUCCUCGUGACACCCCUGAACAGGACCUCUGGCGACGCGGCCGGGCUGCUCCCCUCGUGGCAGCUUAGCGAGGGCCUCCGCGUUGCGCUGGGCGCCCCAGACGAUGGCGAGCCCGCGCUGGUGGUACGGGCGGUGCCGCGCCGGCGCUUCGAGG